CGCUCCACCACGCCGUUCACGUGCGCCUUGAGGUCUCUCCAUUUAUCGCUUGAGAUCUCCGGCCUUAUCGCGGCUCGAAAUGGACCCCAACUGCUCCUGCACCACUGGUGUCUCCUGCGCCUGCGCCGGCUCCUGCAAGUGCAAAGAGUGCAAAUGCACCUCCUGCAAGAAGAGCUGCUGCUCCUGCUGCCCCGUGGGCUGUGCCAAGUGUGCCCAGGGCUGCGUCUGCAAAGGGGCGUCGGAGAAGUGCAGCUGCUGUGCCUGAUGUGGGAACAGCUCUUCUCCCAGAUGUUAAUAGAACAACUUGCACAACCUGUUUUUUUUUUAAUACAACCCUGAGCCAUUUGCUGCAUUUCUUUUCAUAUUAAAUAUGUGAAUGACAAUAAAACAAUUUUGACUUGAAUCUU